UUGCAGGAACUGGUAACGCACGACACAAAAAACAAUACGUACGACUACAAGCAUACAUUCUGUGUGGAGGUAGUACCAAUUUGUCGCGAUUGCGUAGUUUGCUUGCCCAAAAGAACUGCACAAUCGCUGGGUAAUAUGAAUCAACUGCUUGUUUGCGUGCGUGUCAACAACGUUGUCACUUUGAUCGAUCCUGCAACACUGCAAAUUGCUGACGUAAAUUCGUACGUUUUCGCAAUUUUUUUUUGUGGCGUUGUUGAAGAAGUUGAAUUUUGUUUGACGCAGUAUUAUCGUGACCCAUUUCACGCUGUAUUCCAAUCAAAGCAGUUAGUGGAGUUCUACGUUCUUGAUGUUGAGGAUGUGGGUAAUUUGAAACGAGCAUCCGGGCAUGGCCGCAUAUCAACGAAGCAUCGUUUAGUCGAUGUAUGGGUGGUUCCUAGCGACCAGGUUGGGCACGAUGACCAGCAAAUUUGUACACGAUCGCAUCUUGGACACGUGCUAAAACCUGGAGAUCUUCCCGAUGAAGUGCCAGAUGUGAUCUUAGUUCGGAAAAUUUACGAUCGAACAAUGCGACAGCGGCGUCGAAACUGGAAAUUGAAACGACUUGUUGAGAAUGGCAAUGUUGUCAACGACACUGCUUCUGUGGAAAAUGAAUUUGAGAACUUCCUGGAAGAUUUGGAAGAGGAUGAGCAAAUGCGCGAGAAAAUAAAUAUUUAUCGAGACAGGAAUAAGCAGCAAUUGGCGGUCGAUUCGAAUGACAUGGAAGCGGACUUGCCUCCUGGACCGUCACUGCAGGAGAUGCUUGAGGACCUGGAUCUAAAUGGAGACGUGGAAAUGACUGAAUAA